AUGUUGCAGAGAGCUGCUAGCAAUGCAUAUUCAUGGUGGUGGGCUAGCCAUAUCAGAACAAAGCAGUCAAAAUGGUUGGAACAUAAUCUUGAAGAUAUGGAGGAGAAGGUGACAUCAGUGCUUAAACUCAUUGAAGAAGAUGGAGAUUCAUUUGCUAAAAGAGCUGAAAUGUACUACAAAAAGAGGCCAGAAUUGAUUCAUUUUGUCGAAGAAUCGUACAGGGCUUACCGUGCCUUAGCUGAACGAUACGAUCACAUAUCGACUGAGCUGCAAAAUGCCAACAACACCAUCGCUUCCGUUUUUCCGGAUCAAGUCCAGUUUGCUGUGGACGAUGAAGACGAAUAUGAGUCCCUGAGUUUCUUGAACAAGGCUACGGAGAACUCGAAAGGCAGUAUCCCCAUGGUUCCGAAGCUACCUGUUAAAGAUUUGAAGAGCUUAACAACAUCAGCUACUAAGGAUAUGCAGCGUAAGAAAUCAAUGAAGGCUAUUACCAAUGCAGUUGCUAAAUCUGGGUUGACGAAGACCGAGGGGAUCGAAGAGAUCGAUAGGCUCUGUAAACGAAUCCUGGCAAUGCAAACCGAAAAAGAGUUUGCAAAGAGUAGUUACGAAAGUGGAUUGGCCAAGUACUGGGAAAUAGAUAAUGAGAUCAAACAAAUGCAAGAAAAAAUAUGUAGCUUGGAAGACGAAUUCGGUGUAGGUAGGGUCAUCGAAGACGAUGAGGCUCGAAAUGUGAUGGCUGCAACGGCUUUAAAAUCGUGCGAAGAAACGUUGGUUCAACUGCAGGAGAAACAAGAGAGAUCAGUCGUGGAAGCCGGAGUGGAGCAGAAAAGGAUCAAGGAUGCCAGGGAGAAGUUGGUCGCUUUAAAUAACGAGUUCGGCUCGGAAAAGCCAUCGGCCAGGGAAGAUAAAGCGUGUGACAGUACCAAAAAGAGAGAGGACAUGGAGUCCUUACUGGAGAAGCUGAAGGAGAAGUUUGAAGUUGGCAUCGGUGAUUCAUUGAGUGUACCAGACAUGGAGGCCAAGAUUGAUGAACUUGUGAACAAGGUGAUGAACUUAGAAACGGCAGUCUCCUCGCAAUCGGCUCUUAUCCAGAGACUUAGUGCAGAGACCGAUGAGCUUCAAGCCCAGAUUCGAGCUUUGGAAGUUGAUAAAUGGACAUUAAUUGAUGGAAGAAAUCAUUUGAUGAACAAGUUAAAGGAAAUGGAGGAGAAGUUGCAUCGGAUUCAGGACUUGAACUGGACUGUUGAAGAUCGAAACAAUGAUCUCCGAACUCAUUUUAUCGAAGCACAUUGUAAUAUCAAUCACCUUUCAGGGAGACUGUGUAACGUGAAGCCAGAUGAGAUCGAAUCGUCAAAAGUGAAUGCAGGCAAGGAGAUUGAGGUUGCCGAUGCAUCAGCCGACGUGAAAUCCGAAUUAGGGUCUGAAGAAAAGGAGAGUCGGAAUCUGUAUGCAAGUGAUGGCUGCGGAAUUCGGAGUGCGAAAACAGAGAUGGUUGCUGUUGGUUCAGUACAAAAAGAAGACUCCCUUGCUUUUACAAAUGAAGGUGGUGUUAGCCGUGGAAUAACAGAGAACAAAGUUGAUUCGAAGAAAUCCGAAGACCGAAUAACAGAGAACAAAGUUGAUUCGCGAGCUUCUUCGAUGUUAGUAGACACUCAUUCCAUAGCUGAAUCGGAAGGACACAAAAGAGAACCCGAAGGCGAACCGGAUUGGAAGCAGUUGUUCAUGAAAGGUAUGGAAAACAGUACAAUGCUUAGGAACCACAAGGAUACCAAGCAGCAGCUCGUGGAAGUAGAGACGAAUAACCAGAAUAGCCUGCUCGAGAUAACGUUGCAGCUAAAGGAGCUGAAAAGCAGCAAUGCCACAAAAGAUGAAGAGAUCCAAUCCUUACGUCAGGAACUAAGCCUUUGUCGAACAGGUCCCAACGACAACAACAAUACCGAUCAAUAUGCGGAACCUAGACCAAGUUCUGACAUGCCGAUAGUGACUGAAACCUCAUUGAACUCGCCAUCCAGAAAGGAACAAAAUGAAGACAUUGGGGUGAUGCUGAGCGAUCAGCCUCAACCUAUUUCAGAAAUCGAAGAAAAUUUCCGAAUAAACAUCGAUGAACUGCUGAAUGAGAACUUGGAGUUCUGGUACAGAUUCAGCACUGUAUUCCAAGAGUUACCUAAGUUCAAUACCGGAGUGAAAGAUUUACAGGCUGAGAUAUCGAAACUCGAUGAACGACAAAAGCAGGAUGGAAAUAGCACCAGGAAUUCUCUGCUAAUAUCAGAUGUGCGACCAUUGUACAAACACCUAGGAGAAGUUCAGACAGAACUGAACAGUUGGGUCGAGAGAAGCUUAUUACUGAAAGAUGAACUGAAGAGCCGGUUUUCGUCUUUGUGUGACAUUGAAGAAGAGAUAACACAGGCAUUAAAAGCAAGUGCAGCAGACGAUGAGAUCAGGUUCACGAGUUACCAAGCAGCAAAGUUCCAGGGCGAGAUUUUGAACAUGAAACAAGAGAAUAACAAAGUUGGUAAGGAACUGGAAGCCGGUUUAGAUAAUGCAAGAACCCUGCAGCUCGAAAUCGAGAGGACCCUGGAAAUUUUGAUAGAUGACUGGGAACUUUCAAGAUCCAAGGCCAAUCGAAGCGGCCAACUACCCCACUCAGAGAGUCGGAGUAGAAUUCCUUUGAGAUCAUUUAUCUUCGGUGUCAAACCGAAGAAGCAAAAGACAUCCAUAUUUUCUUGUGUACACCCUGCAAUGUAUUGGAAGUAUAAAUUCGGGAUGUAGUAGCAGUAGGUAAAACAUUUCGUUGUGUGUGUUACCUUCAAAGUUGCUCUUCUUUGCUUCCAUUGACACUCUCACAGAGGUCAACACUUUUUCC